AUGGACGUCUACUCCAUCACAUUCACAUUGCCGCGCAAUGCCGCGUCCGGGCCCUUUGGCACGGCGAACAGCCCCGCGACACACCUUCAGUCCAGCUCACAAAGCCUCCUCUCCCCCGGCUCGACCUCAGAAGCCAGUCUCAAUCUUCCCUCUCCAAUUGGGUCUGCAGCACCGCGUCAGUCGGCACCGGGACCCAGCACUGGUAGAUUACAAUCCAUGCGCUCAAGAUUCCCACCUAGCGUCAAAGCUUUCAUGCCCAGCGCCUUUGGUGGCAGCAAGAGGGCCAGUGAGCGGAUAGCGGAAGCUGUCGGUCCUGGUUCAGAGAAGUCAGAAGGGGAAGGGGAAGAUCAAGACUCGUCGGCUCCUGGCGCCAUUGGUGAGGGUCUCAAAAUGGAGAAGUCUGCAUCCAAGGACUCCGUCAAGCCUUCACAGUCUGUAGAUUCAAGGCCCACGGCAGGCAGCCCUUCGCAAAGUUACCAGCCUGGAGUCAAGGAGAACACCGAGCUUGCAGAGCACGCAGCUGCCGAAGCGACUAAGUCUGCGGAUGACAGCACAGUGCCCAAGCCUACGGCUGCUGAUCUGGCUCAAUCGGGAAAGCUGCGAGACUCAAGGUCGACUGUCGACACGCAUUCAUCCCUCGACUUUGGAUCCAGGGGCUCCGUGUCAGCAGAAAGCGUUAGUGGAAGCGCGGUAGCCGGUGCUGGCGCCUUUGGCACACCGGGUGGUACGAGCACACGAGCGACGUCAGAGUUCAUUCCUAGCGCUACACAUAGUGCCCAGCCAAGUCUCUCUACGUCAGGCAUUGGGCCCCAGCCGACGGGCGCUGAGCUAAGCGAUGCCAUAGCGCGGCUCGCAACUGAUGCGAUGAACGUCCAUCAAUGUUUGAUUGCUGUCUCGCCUGUGGAGCUCGAUGAUGGAGCGGGCGGAGCGUCUUCCAGAAACUUGCGUCAGAGACAAUCCAGCUUUUCUAACCCUGGAAGCUCACCAUUCCCCUCUCAACCGCUACCCGCUCCGGCAUCUUCACCAUUCCCAAGCACGUACCCGUAUCAGCAGUAUGCUCAAGGCUUUGGACACGACAUGGCAAGUGCUUUUCCUUCUCGAAUGGGUAUGGGCGUAGGUCCAGCUGGCGGCAUGCUCGGCGUAGCUUCGCCAUACUCGAGCAUUCCGAUGGGCAGCUCAGCCUCGCUCGCUUCGCAGCACAGCCUUCAAGCAGCACCCCUCACCAUGCAAAUACCGCCCUCGCAACCUCCACGCCCUACUAUUCAGCAUUACAGCUUUCAUCUGAGCGGCGGUUACGCCCAGGUAAUGAGCGCUCGCGGUGCCAUUCUUCGGGACGCCCCAUUUCGAGCUCGCAGCGUACUUAAGGUACCCCGUGGAGACAUAGUACAUAAUGCCGCAGACCAGCAUGCAGGAGGCACUCCAACGUUGAGUCAGCAGCCUUCGGUUGGCCAGGCCACCGAAACUCUCAAGCCCCAUGCUAGAAGCCGCUUGGACACCAUCUCUGCGCAGACCAGGACCCACGUGUCGUGGACGAGCACCGAGCCGCGCGGACGCGAUCUUGGCUAUGGCCUCGAGACCGAAAGAUCUGUAGAGCUGGCCAUCACUGGUAGCUUUGAGGGCGUCGAACAGGCAAGAGUGCGGAUCAUGGUGAUGUUGGACGAGUUGGUGAGUUGUUGAAAAGUGAUCAUGGCGCCAGACGACCCUUACUCAUCCCGCUGCGUUCUGCGCGCCGCUCCCAGAAUGGCUUGCACACAGAGAUGUGUGAGAUUGACUACAAGCUGCACAAUAUCAUCGGGGGUCGCAAGCGCUGCGUCAUCCAGAAGAUUCAGGAAGAAACAGCGACCAACAUCUACCUUCCCACCUCUUUUUCCAACAUUUUGUCAACCGUCACCGAUUCGAAUCCCGAUUUUCUGGCGAGGCAAAACACCAUCUACGUGACUGGGGACUUCUUUGGAGCUCAGCGAGCGCGCGACAUGCUCUAUCAGGUCUCCGUCCACAAGAGCAAAGGCAUCAUUUCACGCGACACAGCAGUCUUACCCCGCAAAGUCGACUGGAUGCUCAUGGAGCGCUUGGAAGAGUUGAAGUCGGCAAUGCUCGACAACGGCACCUUUAUCAACUUCCCGAUGCUUGGCGGUCAAGCAAGCGUCAUCUCUGUCUUUGGAGACAAUCGCGUCAGCAUUGAACGGACCAUUCGAUCGGUCAUGAGCCUGACUAGUCAGUUUUACACAGCAUCGCUGUGGCUGCUGCCAUUGGCGUACGACGCCUUUUCCCAGACUGCAAUGCUUGACAGUGCGCAGUUAGCCCUUGCGUUGAAGGACAUCAGCAGCACAUCAGGAGCUGAGAUUGUCUUCAAAGGCAAUUGUUUCGAGAUGCAUGGAUUGGAGAACGAAGUUCGUGCCGCUGUGAGCUCUCUCUUGGACUUGAAGGCAGUGCGACCGUACAAUUUCGAAGUCCGCUUCCAGAUCGAGCUUGCCAACGACCAGAGGGAAUUCAUCAGUGGUAAAAAGAACGGAAAAGUCAACAAAAUCAUGAAACAGUGCGGCGUGCGAAUCAAAUUCGACGCAUUCAACGACUACAACUUCCUCAUUGAAGUUUCUUCGAAUGAUCGAACAGGCGCUUUGCAGGGUCUUGCAUUCCUGCAGGAGGAGCUCCCAGCAGAAAUCUCUUUCCACGUCCCCGAGGCCUAUCACAAGCGCAUCAUUGGUGUUGGCGGAAAGAGCAUCCAGCGCAUCAUGAAAAAGUACGGUGUCUAUGUCAAAUUUUCAAAUGCUGAAGAAUUUGCUGCUCUUGGCGGCUACGUAGACAAUGAAGACAACGUCGUAGCUCGCACUCCAGCGAAGAACGCCAUCAACUUGGAGAAUCUUAAGCAAGCUGUCAUGGAGCUUGUCAAUCCCAAAGACAAGGACUACACAAGUGAGACUGUUGCAAUCGCGCGCCGCUACCACCGUACUCUGCUGGGUGAGAAGGGUACCUUCAUUCAUGACAUCGAGACCAAGACCAGCUCCACGGUGCGCUUCCCGCCCAAGGAGACUGCCUCCGACCUGGUCUCCAUCUUCGGUCCAGAGUCUCAGAUUCACAUCGCAGCGCAAAUGCUCCUCGAUCAUGUUCCCUUCGAGGCAGAGUUCCGCACGCCCCACUCUGCCGAGCUAGCGCAGCUUGUGUCCGCCCAUGAAUUUGUCGCGCUCACUGAGCGAGUCAAACGUGAUCUCAACAUCACAAUCGUACCCGUCGUGGGAACUUCAAAGAUGGACGGAGCAGCGAGCAGCUCAGCGAUCGCGCCGCCGAGCUUUGCUGGCACCGAGACACUUUUCAAGUUCAGGCUGAACCGUAGCAACGCAGAUUUUCUGCCUGCCGCAAAGGACGCACUCGAAGAUUUCCUAGUUUCGCGCAACAUCAACGUCUACGACUCACCCAAGAGAACGCGCUCGGACUCUUUCGCGUCGUCUUUCCCUCACUUUGCGACGAAGCUCAUCAGUACCGCCACAGAAUCGACGGACUCGUUCCAGACCGAUAUUCUGCGCUACCAAUACAACAAUGACCGGUCUAGAUUGCGUACCGCUGCAAGCACUCCCGACAUCAAAGCUCUUUUCGACACGCCAUCGCAUUACUCAACUCCUGGCUCAGCCUCUGUGGUCUCGCACGGGCAUCACUACACAACCUCGGCGCUGCCAGGAAGUGGCUCAAGCAUGCCAGCAAUGAUGGGCUUUACGCCCCGUAAUCAGCCGUCGAACUCUCCGAUGUUACCUUCCUCGAUGUAUCCAUCGCCAUACGCUGAGUCUCCCAUCGCCUCAGCUCCAGCACCGUUCAGCAGCGAUGUAUGGGCACCGCCCCAGGUAUCACCCGCUCACGCUUCUGGAGCUGGUAUUGCAUUUCCGCACCACACGACUCGGAUGUCGGACGACGUGGGACUGAUUCACAGGAACAACGAUCCGCUCAGCGAAGAAGCACGACGAUCAGCAUUGAGGAAGCCUCGCUCUUUUGCCCAUCGAGCUCAGCCGAAUCAUCGUACUCAAUCACUGGAUAUCGGCGCGCUGGCGUCUCAGCAGGCAGCUCAAGCUGUCGCAUCCGGCUCUGUACCUCGUCCCUAUGGCGCCAUUGGUUCCAACUCUGGCUUCAUGCCGUCUGUAGGGACCCAGAUGCCCCCCGCGGGUGGAGGAUUUGCGCCUAGUCACGCCUCCACGUCAAGCAUCUCCCGAGUGGCGCCAUCGGCAACCAGAGGGCCUGUGCCCGAGCCUGCCACGAUGGAUGAAGUCUCUCGCGUGCUUUCGCAGCUAGCUUUUGACCGACACUAA